GAAAGGCAAAGAUCUACAUUAGGAAUAUACGCAGAGGAUGUUUAUCGUCCACCCUGUAACUUCGUUAACGCCAUAACUUCUCUCUCUGUUGAAAAAAUUUGCAUUUCCUUUAAAUUUUGUUAAAGAGAAGGGAAAAAAAAAUUUUCUUUUCUGGUGAAGAAAGAGUCGAUCUCUUUUGCCAUAAACGGAAAUUCAUGGCGGUCCGAUCAGUAAAAGUGAGCAAUGUUUCCUUGGGCGCAUCUGAGCAAGAUAUUAAGGAGUUCUUUUCAUUCUCUGGUGAAAUUGAACAUGUUGAAAUGCAGAGUGGUAAUGAGCGAUCUCAAAUUGCAUAUGUUACUUUCAAGGAUUCGCAAGGAGCAGAGACUGCUGUUCUUCUUUCAGGAGCAACAAUUGUUGAUCAGUCUGUUACCAUUGAUCUGGCUCCUGAUUACAAGCCACCUGCUACUGCCUCUGCACCACCUGCAACAGAGAACAAAAGUGCUGUUCAGGCUGAAUCUGCUGUCCAGAAGGCAGAGGAUGUUGUAAGCAGCAUGCUAGCCAGGGGAUUCAUUCUCGGCAAAGAUGCAGUGAACAAAGCAAAGGCCUUUGAUGAGAAGCAUCAGUUCACAUCAACCGCCACUGCCAAAGUUGCUUCUCUGGACCAGAAGAUUGGUUUAACUGAGAAAAUUAGUGCUGGCACAACCAUGGUGAAUGAUAAAGUGAGGGAAAUGGACCAGAAGUUUCAGGUUUCUGAGAAGACCAAGUCUGCAUUUGCAGCUGCUGAGCAAACAGUCAGCAGCGCUGGAUCUGCCAUCAUGAAGAAUCGUUAUGUUUUGACUGGAGCCUCAUGGGUAACUGGUGCAUUCAACAGGGUUGCUAAGGCAGCAGGCGAUGUGGGGCAGAAGACAAGAGAGAAAGUUAUAGCUGAGGAGGAACAAGCUCACAAAUCGGAGGGCUAUGCUCAGAUUAACGAGUCUGAACCUCCUAAAGCUGCCACUAGUGAGCAACCUUCCAAGCCCUCAUCUGCACAAGGUUUAAUCCUCUGAAUUGCAAAAGAGUGUAAAUACCAGCAUGGAAAGUAUGGAUCAUCUUGUCAUCUGAGUUAUGCUUUCUAGCAUGGACAUAGCUAAAUGUAGGAUACUUUGUCACAUAUUGUUUGAUAUGUUUUGCUAAACACGACUUAAGAAAAUAAUAGAUGCCAGUCCAACCUUUCUGCA